CGUACUGGCAAGAAAAGUAUACAACAACGAUUCAUAAUGAAAGUUGUUUUGAAUAUUUACCCUAGUAUGGAUAAAAAUAGACAUAAUUCGAAUACACAUCGCACGGAAAUACUAAACUAUCGUGAACAGCUUUACUUGAAACAUCCAAGAUGGCAGCCUCCAUGGUCAACAUGUAUGGCAGAAAAAUCGGAUGCCAGUUUAUGAGGUGGCACUGGCAAGUCUGCAAAAGACUCUACAGCAGUCAAAACUCCAGGAACAUAUUGACAUUACAUGAAAGAGGUAUUUUCCAGACAGUGUUUCCAGAAGGAAGCACAGCAGAGUUGCUUCGUCGGCUGUCGAGCCCACAGUGUAUGUACUGUGGCUUUGACCCAACAGCAGACAGUCUCCAUGUAGGGAACCUGCUGGCUGUCAUCGCACUCAUCCAUUGUCAGAGAGCUGGACAUAACACCAUUGCACUGGUGGGAGGUGCAACUGCCCAGAUCGGAGACCCCAGUGGGAAGAUGAAGGAGAGAACACCAAUGGAGCUUCACCAGGUGGAGGAAAAUGUGGUCCAAAUAACAGAAAACUUGCAGCGUGUCUUCUCUCACCACCAAGAUCUGUUGUGGAAAAAUAGCAAGCCUUUGCCACAAGUGAGGAUUAUGAACAACCUGGACUGGUACAGAAAUGUGAACAUCGUAGAAUUUUUGUCAAAAACUGGUCGACAUUUUAGGAUGGGGCAGAUGCUGUCCAGACACAGUGUAAAGAGCAGACUUAAGAGUGAAGAAGGAAUGAGUUUCACAGAGUUUACGUAUCAAAUAUUUCAGUCCUAUGACUGGCUCCACUUGUACAGACAUCACCAGUGUGCAAUACAGAUUGGAGGAAACGACCAGCUGGGGAACAUGACGGCAGGAUACGAGCUGAUAUCUCGGCUCAUGGAUAAACCAGUUUUUGGGCUGACUGUUCCCCUGAUCACCAGCUCCGUGGGGGACAAGCUGGGAAAGACAGCCGGGAAUGCAGUGUGGCUGAGUCCCACCAAGACCUCACCCUAUCAGCUGUACCAGUAUUUUCUGAAUCAACCGGACACCGACAUUGAAAAAUAUCUGAAACUGCUGACAUUUCUACCAGAGCAAGAAAUACAGGAUGUCUUGAGGAAACACAAGAGGAAUCCAGAGCAACGCCCAGGACAGAAAAAGAUUGCAGAACAAGUUCUACUGUUGGUGCAUGGUGAGCAAGGCCUGAGUGAAGCUGUGCGUUGGACGGAUGCACUCUUCAGUGGCAACAUCGAGAGCCUGGCACGCCUGACUCACACCGAGCUGCUGCAGCUGUUCAACAAUGCAGACACCACAGAGAUGCUCCUGGAACCUGGCAUGUCCGUCCUCGACGUCUGCAUGAAGGCAGGCUGCUUCAACAGAGACGUUGAUGCUGAGAGAAUCAUCCAAGCUGGGGGUGUCCAUAUAAACCACAGGAAGGUGCAGCAGCCUGACUACGUCCUUGUUGCUGGGGAGCACAUCCUGCCUUCAAACAUCACACUUAUCCGAGUUGGUAAGAAGAACUACUAUGUUGUGAAGUGGGCCAGGUGAUGUGGCAAGUUCUUACGUGUGUAAUUGUAAAUACAAAAAAAAUAAACUAAAUAAAAUCA